UGUUGACGUCUGCCCAAAGUCAAACUAAUCUAAUGUAGGACGAGCGUUCUUCACAUUCUAACUGUUCUUUUACAAAAUUAAUUGAAAUGGAGUUGUAUCUCACGUUUUUGGUCGGAACACUUCUCUGUCUACUUGGGGAUGUGCUAGCAGAGGAAACUAAGGGACGUGGUUUUGGAGAACAGUAUGAUUGGCUUAAUUUUGAAGAUGGAAAGGAGAUGGCCAAAAACACCAACAAACCGUUGAUGUUGGUUAUUCACAAGAGCUGGUGUGGUGCAUGUAAAGCCUUAAAACCAAAGUUUGCUGCCAGUGAGGACAUUUUAAAACUUAGUAGUAACUUUGUGAUGGUCAAUGUUGAGGACGAUGAAGAACCAGAAGGAUCAGAAUUUCAACCCGAUGGUGGAUACAUUCCCCGUAUUCUCUUUCUCAACUCAGAUGGCGCUGUUCAACCUGAUCUAUACAACACGAAAGGAAAUCCUAAAUACAAAUAUUUCUACUCAAAUGCAGAUAUGGUUACUUCGGCAAUGCAGCUUGCAGCCAAUGCCCUUGGAGGAAGCAGAAAUGUAGAGUUGUGAUGAGUGGAGGAUAUAGACCUACGGUAAGCAAUAAAGCCUUUAAUUAUAGAAUACCACAAGUGAAUUUUUUCAAGCUUAUUUCACUAAGGCACCGCAUCUGAAAUGCCCGUCUCAUCCAUUAGCAGUGUUUCUGCUUAGUGCAUUUUACAGUGACUUUCCCAUGUUGUUCUAUGCUGAAAUGGUAGGAUUAUCAUGGAAAAGUCACUGAUGGCAUUCCUGCAUACUGACAUGGAUUGGCGGAACUUGAAUUUGUAUAGCCUGUCUUAAUGUUUAGUUCUAUUUAUUGCUUGAAAAGAAAACACUUCGUUUCAGUGGGUUCGGGGAUACAUUACCCCCAUAUGUAUUGGGGGUAAUUUUUAAGACAAGAUAAAACACCUACUUAAGAUCACAGCAUGACAUCAUAGGGUUAACCCAUUCACUGUGUGAAAAUGCUGCAGCAUAGUGAGGAUGAUAUCACAAUGUAUUCUGUCCAGUAAGGAUGAUGUCACAUUGUUACAGAUGAACAUUUAAAAAGAGAGAGUUCAGGUUCAUAUUUUCUUCUGUAUUUCUUAUAAGAAACAUGAAUUCUAAUAGCCUACAGCCUUCUUACAAAUAAUUUUCUAGCAGUUUAAAAGAAUUUAUUGUAUUUAUUGUUUGAAUAUAUAUUUUUUCUAUUUUGCUUUAAGGAAUUAUGAAUUUAAAAGGCCUACAGCCUUCUCACAAAUAAUUUUACCAGAAAUUUUGUAUUUGAAUGUUAUCAUUCUGGGGGCAAUGGGAAGAUGGGAAAGAGAGGACCUCGCAUACAUGUAAAUAAUUUUACCAGAAAUUUUGUAUUUGAAUGUAAUCAUCAUUCUGGGGGCAAAGGGAAGUUAGGAAAGAGAGGAACUUGCAUACAUGUCAGAUUUAUUAUUUUUUUGUCAGGAACUUUGUAAAAUGGUGUCAUAUUUUUGAAAACUAUUGUAUGUUGCAAAAGACUUAGUAAAACAGGAAAUUCAAGGUUCAUAAGAUUUCCAUUCCGAUGAUUGAUAAGGAGAAGAAUGUAACGUGUAAUUAAUGACUUUCUAAAUGGUCAUUUUAUACAGUUAUGCUUAAAAGUUGGUGAACCCUAUCACAAAAUCCACUCCUUUAUGUUGAGUGUUGCAUGGAGACAACAACACUAAAAUGUUCAGCAAUCCCAGAGAAACAAACUUUAUUGAAUGUUAUAUCACCUGAAUUCACAAUAAAAUAUAUCUUAAACAUGGCAGAACCUGAACACUUUAAAUAUAUUUCUGGUGGGGUUCACUUUCUCAUGAGCAACCACUGUAGCAGUAAACAUUGUUGAUAUAAAAACCUAAGAGUAUGUAUUACCUUGCACGAAACAUUUCAAUGUCACUUCACUUCAUUAUACUGUUGUAUUAUAUUUUCAUCUCAUUGUAUAAAGAUAGCUUUAUGUUUCAACUAUUGGACACAUAGAUAAGCAUACCAGUAGUUAAGUAUGUAAAAGUUAACAGAGCAAGUUAGUUAUUCACACCCUUGUGUUUGACAAUUGAUAGUAACAGGUGCUCACUUGAAGGGUGUAACCUUUAUAAAGGUUUAUUUUAGUGGGGCUUCAUGCCAUUCAAUGUUGCUUCACACAACUAAACAAUUCUGUUUUCUUCAGGACUAUACCGUG